UGGGGAAAUGCAAAAGUAUUGUGGGAUUUUUUAAGAAAAGCACAGUAGCUUACGCCAAGUUUAAAGAAGCUCAAAAUACAGAGAAGCCAUACAGUUUAAAGCAAGAAUGUCCUACAAGAUGGAAUAGCGCAUUUCAUAUGAUUGAAAGAAUUCUUAAAACAAAUGAUGCUAUAAGCAGUGUUCUUCUUUCAACCCCAAAGGGACUUGCCCCGUUUUCGGCUGACGAAAUUUUAAUUUUAAAAGACAUAAAAAUUUUAUUGCAACCUUUUGAAUGUGCAACAUUGCAAACUUCUUCGCGAACGUUGGUCACGGUAUCAUUAAUAAUUCCUAUAACUUGCGGACUUCUGCAUAAUUUGCAAUUGUUAAAAAAUGACCUAAAAAUAGUUGAAGGUCGCGAAAGCUGCAAUUGCUUAUUGGAGGGCAUAUCGUCCAGACUACUGCAAUAUGAAAUUCGCAAUGUUCCUCGAGUGGCAACUUUGCUAGAUCCUCGGUUUAAAAAAGAAGCGUUUCACUCACCAUUUAACAUCACUGAGGCUCAAAAACUCUUGGAAAACGAGCUUUCUUUUUUCAACGCACAGAAGUCUCGCCCUUGCGACGAACCACGCCUGCCAACAUCAACCUCCACAUCGCAGACAUCCCUUUUUCAAUUUUUGGAAAAAAACAAAAGUUUGAAACAUAAAACUAAUACAGUGGAUUCCAUAUUGUCAAUUCGUCAAUAUUUUAAUCUAGACAAUUUGGAAUCAAACUCCAACCCUUUAGAUUAUUGGAAGGUUAUCUCAUCAGAUAAAUCAUUUCAGCAUUGCUGCAAAAAAUAUUUCUGCGUUCCAGCAACUUCGACAGAAAGCGAACGUAUGUUCAGUAAGGCUGGAAUCGUUGUAAGCGAAAAAAGAAGUUCGCUUCAGUUUAAACAUGUUGACAUGCUACUUUUUAUCAAUCGGAACAAGUGGAUCUCUGAACAGCAAUGAUUGUUUUAUAGUUUUAAGUUUGAAAAAGAUUGAAUUAUGCUUUAUAGUAUUAAGUUUGAAAGAUUUAAUUUCUGUUUUAUAGUAUUAAGUUUAAAAGAUUGAAUUUCUGUUUUAUAGUAU